AUGUGUCGUCUAGCAUUGGGUGACCGUGCUCUUGUACCGCUCCGUUGCUGCAAGAAAGAGAUGCCCGUCGACUAUGUGCGCGAAGCAUUGACUGGGCCGGGAGACUAUGCCAAAUACCAAAAGCUUGCGAUGGAAAAAGACUGGAAGGUAUCAGACCUAGAUUCUGAUGUCGAAUACACGGCAACGGUAAAGGCCGUAGGAGCUAAACAAUGCCCAGGUUGUGGAAUUGGUGUGCAGCGUGACUUUGGAUGCGUGCACAUGGUGUGUCCCAACGGCCAUCAAUUUUGCUUUACGUGCCUGCACUUUUGGGGAUCCUGUCACUGCCCACUGAUUCCAGAGGCUGAGAUACAAGAGAUUCUUGGAGAGUGA